AUGUUCCUACAUCAACCAAAGAGCGUUCAGAAGGGAUUGCUGGGAUUGAAGAUGAUACUUCUCGUAUCCAAUUUGACAUUAACGAUGUGCGUCAAGGUAUUGCACAUGUCGUUGGACCAGAACAAGCGACACAUGGUGCAUUCGGUUGUUUGGCACACGGGAUCGGAACGUCAAGGCGUUACACCAAAAGACGUGGUUUUGGCAAUUAUUGGUAAAAUCGGAACGGCUGGCGGUACAGGGCAUGCGAUUGAAUUUGGUGGUCAGGUAUUCCGUGAUAUGUCGAUUGAAGGGCGUAUGACCGUGUGCAAUAUGGCAAUCGAAGGCGGUGCGCGUGUUGGCCAACAGUGGGAUGCGGCAGUCGCGUAUUGGAAUACUUUACAUUCUGAUGAAGAUGCACAUUUUGAUACGAUCGUAGUUUUAAAUGGUGAAGAAAUUGAACCACAAGUAUCUUGGGGCACUUCUCCUGAGAUGGUGAUUCCUGUAUCUCAAGCUGUUCCAACUUUGGAACAGGCCAAAGAUGAUGUACAGCGUAAUGACUGGACCCGUGCGUAUCAAUAUAUGGGUUUAAACGCAGGUCAGGCAUUGGCUGAUAUUCAAUUAGAUCGUGUAUUCAUUGGUUCUUGCACCAACUCACGUAUUGAAGAUAUUCGUGCUGCUGCAGAAGUGGCAAAAGGUAAAAAAGUAGCGUCUAGUAUUAAACAGGCCAUGGUUGUUCCAGGCUCUGGUUUAGUGAAACAACAAGCGGAAGCGGAAGGUUUAGAUAAAAUCUUGAUCGAAGCUGGUUUUGAGUGGCGUGAGCCAGGUUGUUCAAUGUGUUUGGCGAUGAAUGCUGAUAAGUUACAACCGGGUGAACAUUGUGCAUCGACUUCAAAUCGUAACUUUGAAGGCCGUCAGGGCAAUGGUGGACGUACUCACCUUGUCAGUCCAGCAAUGGCCGCUGCGGCAGCAAUUGCAGGUCACUUUGUUGAUGUGAUGGUAUCGGUCCUGAGAUCGUUGCUGCUGCUGAAAAAUCUUAAACCAGAGAUAGUUUCGGGUUUAGAUAUCCUUAUUGUUCGCGAAUUGACGGGUGGCAUCUACUUUGGUCAACCACGUGGUAUUCGUGAACUCGAAAAUGUUGCUUUUGAAAUGGCAAACUUACGCGGUGGUAAAGUUUGUUCAGUGGAUAAAGCCAACGUGCUUGAAGUGACUGAGCUUUGGAAGCAAACAGUGACUGCACUUAAAGAACAACAAUAUCCAAAUAUUCAACUUUCACAUAUGUACGUCGAUAAUGCAGCAAUGCAAUUGGUUCGUGCGCCAAAACAGUUUGAUGUGAUUGUGACAGGGAACUUGUUUGGUGACAUUCUUUCCGAUGAAGCAGCAAUGCUAACCGGCUCUAUUGGUAUGCUUCCAUCUGCCUCUUUAGAUGAGAAUGGCAAAGAAGUGGCUGCAAAAGCCAUUGAGGAUGCUGUAGGGCAAGUUUUAGACCAAGGUUUGCGUACUGGCGAUAUUAUGUCUGAUGGUAUGCGUAAAGUUGGUACGGCUGAAAUGGCUUGGCGUGCCUGUCGUAUCAUAACGAAUCACUGGCAGACCCAUUGCAUUAGGGCCUACAGUCGCAUUGCCUCCUGCCAUGGGGAUAUUGAUUGGUCUAAGGAUGGUAUAGCUUAA